AUGAAGUACGCAGCCAUCGUCCUCGCCCUCGCCGCCGGCGCCUUCGCCUUCCCCCAGGAAGCCUCCGCCUCCGUCACCGCUGCCCCCAGCGUCGUGAGCGCCAGCCUCCGACCCGAGGUCAGCUGCGCGCUGGCCUGCGACCCCAAGGACGUGACGUGCCAGGCCGCCUGCCUCGGCGUCGCGCGCCCCAACUCCUCCCAGGCCAACGCCAACAACGAGUGCGCCCGCAAGUGCGACCAGGGCGACGGCUCCAAGUCCGCCACCGAGGAGUUCGCAAAGUGCCUCGCUGCCUGCGCUGCCCAGUACUUCCCCAGCACCCAGACCGCGGUCGUGAAAUUCCAUCCCAAUUGCUUCGUUCUCGAGGCGUGGUGGUUGCUGGAAAGGCCAAUUGAAGCUAACGCGUGGGAAACAGGUGCUGCCAACUCCAACGCCCCCUCCGGCACUGGAGCCCAGGCCUCUGGCUCUCCCUCCGGCACCGCUGCCGGCACCACCCAGUCCCCCGGUGCUGCCUCCGCCAACGGCGUCAAGAUCGCCGGUGCUGGUCUCGCCGGCCUCGCCAUGGCUCUCUUCGCCUUGUAA